UAGUCAGUCUUCCUCAGUCAUCAAUCAUGGCGUCUUAAAAACUUUGGACGCGUCGAAACUUCCUGAACUGAAAUGUCCUUCGUUACCUCGCAGGCUGGUUUGGCUCUUUUUCCAUCAUUACAAAGCUAAUAAUUCGUCGGAUAUCCAAUUCGUGACGAAAAUGCCACUCACGUAAUUUAGUAACGAGCGUAAUUAAGCGUGUUAGUGUCGACCGGUGAAAGAUGCUAACGUUAGCUAGGCUAACCACUUUCUCAAGUUAACAACGUAGCGAAACUUUUUUCCCCGGACUUUUAGGUGCCUAAAUGUAGCCAAAUGUCGUUUUAAAGCCCAGGCCUGUCUGUUUGGAGUGUAUCACGUUUGAAGUAAGAAUGGUGCGUCUUGUACGGUACUGUGUUAGUCACUUGCUUCGAGCAACGAUGAGCCAAUUCGAAGGAGAGGGCAGUUUGUGGUCUGCGGUCCGCUGCCUGGGCUACAUGUCCGGCCUCAACCUGUUGGUGGCGCUGUGUCUCGGCCUCUUUGUACGCUGGGAGAUGACAGCAGAGUCCACCCUGCUGGCCAUUUUCAUCUUGGCUUUGGUCAUUUUGGUUGUAGCCGCCGUCUUGUACUGCUAUUGUGGCAAGGAGCAACUCAGCCUCAGCCUCCUUCACCUUUGGUUCGGCUUCCUGCUGGGUCUGCUGUGCUUCGUCAACAGCCCUGACUUGGAUGGAGACGUUAAGGAACAAGUGGCCAAUGGACUACUACUCUCCAGCUUGUCUCUGAGGUUGCUGUGGGCGCUGCUGGAGAGGAUGCUGGGCUACGCCAGGUACCGGCCCGGCUUCCUGACCUCGGCAGAGAAGCUUCAGCUGACGGGUUUCGCCGCCGCCAGUACGGUUCUGCUCCUCUGGAAAGCCUUGAGCGUAACUGUGCUGGCCUUGGCCCUCGGUGGCGUCGUGGUGGCCCUACGGAUGAAAGCGGUGCUGGCGCUGAUCAACCUGGCGUGCUUCGCCACUAUCACCGCUGACGUUGUCUUCAGAAGUCUCCAAAUCAGAACUAACCCAUUCGCUUUGGGUUGUUUCUUCUGCCUGGUGUUGUGCGACCCACUGCUAGACAUCUCCUUCAGCGGCCUCUCCGUGACCGAGCGUUGGCAGCCCCUCCUGCAUCAGAGGGGCUUGUGGCGCCGCCUCUCCCUGCUACCCCUACUGCUUCUGGAGUUGACCUUCCUGGUACUGGCAGCGCAGGUGCUGGGUCACUCGGGCCGCUUGUACCUGUCCGUCCCGGCGUUCGUGACGUGCGCGCUCUUCUGGGCCAUCUGCCACUUGGUGUUCUUCAUCAGCCUGUGGGGCUUUCACAGCAAGCUGAACGACUGCCAAAGGGUGUGCCUGAUCCAGGGUUGCGGUACUAGCCGGUUGGACAAAAUCAUGGCAUCUAAGGGCAUGAGGCACUUUUGCCUCAUCUCCGAGCGGCUGCUACGUUUUACGCUGGCUUCCACAGUUGCUCUGGCAGCUCUGUCCUGGCAGGCAUCCAGUGGCAUCUUCCUGUGCACCUUUCUGCUGGUUCUUCCGCUUGAGUCAAUCUUCCACGGCUUGUUCCAUGAACUAGGCAGCACCCUGGGAGGAACCUGUGUUGGUUACGGUGUGGUCAUUCCCACCAAUUACUGCAGUCCCGACGGACAGCCUGUUCUGCUGCCGCCCGAGCAGGUGCAGCAGCUGAACCUGCGCUCGACGGCCAUGCUGAGCAACAUCCAGCGCUUCCUGGCGCAGCACCUCAUCGAGACGUACGGUUGCGACUACUCCACCGGCGGCGUUACGCUAGAGGCACUUCAGGCAAAGCUCAAGGCCUUUAUGGAGUUGCGCACCGCCGACGGGCCGCGCUACGACACCUACGUGCUCUUUUACAGCGGGCACACGCACAGAACAGGGGAAUGGGCACUCGCAGGUGGCGACACGCUGAGUCUGGAUCAACUCCUGGACUGGUGGCGCGAGAAGAACGGCACCUUUCGCUCCCGCCUCAUAUUGGUUUUGGACUGUGACCACUCGCUGCCCACGGUGAAGGCGGCGCGGCGGGUCGAGGGCGUUCACGUGGCCGUGCAGGGCGCCGCUCCCUCCCGGAUGGCAGAGCGCCACCCGGGCGACUUCCUCUCCCAUUGGGUGGCUUAUAACUGCGACGGGGACAGCGGCGUCCCUUGGGCGAGGCGAACGGGGGCGCCCGCAGCCAUUUACGGCGUUUCCUCUCACUGGAGCGACUAUGAGCCGCACUUGCCCGCCGGCGGCGAGCUGGCCGACCACUGGAGGGCGUACUUCCCGCGCGUGGCUCACCCGGUGGUGCGCGCGGCGCUGUGGUGCGGUGGCCUCAGCCUACUUUGGCCUUGCGGCGCUUGCCUCCGGUGCAUGAAGAGAUUCAAACUCAACUACUUUCCUCCCACCGUGCUCGAUACGGGCCAAGGCUUCAAACUGGUCCGAUCUUAGACGCCAUUUUGUUACGCCGGGCAGCUCAAAUACAUACACACCAGCAGACAUUUUGUUACUGACCAAAAUAAAUAGCCUACCGCAGCUACAAUUCAAGGAUAUUUAUUGACAUUGUAUAAGACUUAUGACGCCGAUAGCUGCCAGCCCGUCCCACUCCAAAUGUUUUGGACGUCUAUCGCCGUCAAUGGCACCAAAUGAGUUGAAAAACGAUAUGAAUUGAGCAAUUGAUUACAGAUUAUUAAAAAGGUGACGUAAUUAAAUACUGCAAAUACAUGAUUUGAAUUGUACGAGUUUGGGCUUUGUUACUAGUUUGCACUUAAUACAUUGCAUCAUGAUUUGCUUUAAUGCAGAUUUUCAGCACACUAUCAAAUGAUCAUUUUGAAUAGAAAUGAGGGAUUUUACACUGCAUUUGCAUUUUUUGAGUUUACAUCAACAAAUACUUGGCGCCCUUUCUGAAUCGUAGAACUGUUACAGCAAUUAUACUAUACGGUAGGGGGUACAUUGAUCAAUUUUCUGGCCGAACACCAAUUUUUUUUUUAGUUGACGAUCUGUUUUGCUAAGGUUUUCUUCAUAAUAAGCACUUUUAAUAUUCCAAUCGUCUUGUUUCAUUGUCCCACCUUUGAAAAUUAUCUGUGAAACAACUUUUUAACUGCACAUGCAGUAAUUCUCAAAAAAAAUUCCAAACAUUGUCCUAUUACUCAAAAAAUGCAUCAGUAUGUGGCUUCCUAAAACGAAAAUUUAUAAGGUUUAGGCAAAAAUGGAAUAGUUGGAAGCUGGAAUAGUUUGUGAGCCAAAUGUGAGCUAUUACUAAACAGGUAUGAUCUGACUGCAUUCAGAGUGACUAUAUGGAACACUGUCACUCCAACAUUGACGUAAAAAGACUAGGGAUGUCCUGAUUGCAUAUUUUUGCACCCGGGUCACGAGCUACAGAGGCUUCGCCGGCAAGAUCAAAGCUAGAAAACCUGCCACAUCGUAAAGCACCAAACUCUGUUGCACUGGAGAGUUUGGUCGCACUGCUUAGCAAGGGGGAGGGUGAGGAGAAAAUGGCGCGAUUGACCGGAUUUCCUAUCACAUAAUCGGAUCGGGACAUCCCUAAAAUGACGUCACAAUUGUAAAGAUUGGGUGUUUUGAAGUCCUCAAAAUAACCAAGUCUACUAAUACGCACAUAUUAAGAACAAAGAUUGUGACCAAAUGCUAGCAGGCUAAUGUGGCUAAUUGACGAGACGAACACGGUAGAUGAGAUGGGUUGAUCACUGAAAAUACAACCAAUCCCCCAUUUGAUCGGUGUAAUUUUACAAAAUUUCGCACUUACUGCUGGUAAAAAAAUUGUGAAGCACUGUAUGUAGCUGUGACGGCAGAAUAUUUGCCAAUGUGCCUUUUUCUUCACUGUGAUGUCACCAAUGUGUUUUUUUUGUUUUCCCCCAUAAUGCAACAGACACCAAAGUGGUUUACGAACACAGCAAAAACUUGUCCACUUGUCUAUGCAUACGGCAGACUACAAUGACUCACUAGUUUAUGGUGGUGAGUUUAUGCCUACCAAAAACCUAUGCAAUAUUUCUGAUCUUCACAUGAUGUACCAAUGCUUUUUCAACAAACCCGUUAAUAAAAAAUAAUUUAAAAAAGGUAUUUUUGAACAUUUUAUGUCAUAUCCAUGUGUUAUUAAAUGCCCAAAGGAAAUUUUACAUAUAGCCACAAGAUGGCGUAGUCACUAAGUGGAUCUCAGAUAUGAAGCCUGAAUAAGAAUGUGUAAUGUAUAUGGCGGAAAACACCGAGAAGACUGAAAAAGCAGUUUCUGCUCUUGCACUCUUAAAAAGAAACUAUUUUAAGCCUAAACAACUUUUGUGUGUGAUAGAAUAUGUGUAUAUGCUGCCAUAGCAGAUUCAUGGCGCAUUAAGCCCCUACUUUUAAUUUGUCCGUUUUAAACUGGAAAUCCCCGUUUACAGACGGUGCGCAACCACUUUUGUUUCAACCCAGCCAUAAAACAUUUUAUAUUUAUAUUAUUCAAAAUGUCAUUUAUAGCUUAGAAUCAUUAAUUGAUAUCUAAUAUUCCGUUUAAAAAAACAAAAAAAAAACAAUUAUUCACUCGCAUAUUUUAAACUUUGAAAAAAAUUACGCCACAAUGAAAAAAAUGGCGUCUGUAAAAAAGUCACGGAUAUCUACCUCAUAACUAUCGCUUAACUAAUUUUUUUGUUAGUCGCAUUUUCUCUGAUAUGUUAGAUGAUAAAUAAUCGGUCCAAACAAAGAAAAAAAAAAAAAAAAAAAAAAAAAAAACUUUAAAAGGGUAAAUAUAUAUGCAAAAGAAAAUCUCGACCACUCCUUGAUGUCUGCGAUUUCUGCAUCGUGACCCUUGUUAUAUUACCAUGUUUUACCCUUGAAAUCCCCCCAAAAUCCAGCUGUGGCCAUUCACAGCUGUGUCUUGCCACUCAGUGAUACAUGUGACAUGAAGUUUUUGGAUCGAAACAAGAUAAGUACGCGUUAAUAUCUCGUUAAAGUCGUGGCGUCUGUAAUUCUGCUGUCGCGUGCUCUCACCUCCAUAUAGGGUUUUGCUGUUUAAAAAACAUAAAAAAAAUUUUUUUUUAAAUGCCCUGCUGUCCAGUGAUGUAUCACACAUGCAUAUCGGACAAUUUUGAAAUUUGGCCAAAUUGGGGGUCUCAGAGCGGAACUUAAAAGUUACCUGAUUUCCGCCAUAUGCUAAUUACAGAAGACCAGGAAUAUAGGUAGUCCCCGGGUUACGAACCAGUGCCGUUCCUACGCUGGCGAAGUAACACGAAAUUUCCACUCAAGUCGGAAUUAACACUUCAAGCAGAGGUGGGUAGUAACGUGUUACAUGUACUCCGUUACAUUUACCUGAGUGACCUUGAUAAAAAUGUAUUUCUAAAAAUAGUUUUACUAAUCUGUACUUUUUACUUGAGUAGAUUUGUGAAGAAAAACAUGCUACUAUCUCCGUUACUUUGGGCUACGCAAGAGUCAUUACAUUUUUCCUCUUUAUUCGACAGUUUGUUUUUUUUGCCAGCAAUUCCAAGAGUAGCUCUACCAAUUUUAUAAUGAGACGUCGCCAGUGUUGGGCACGUUACUUUAAAAAAGUAAUUAGUUACAUUACUCACUACUUCUUCCAAAAAGUAACUGAGUUAGUAACUGAAUAACUAUAGUAAAAGUAACUAGUUACCAGGGAAAGUAACUAUUUCCGUUACUCUAAAAAGAACUUGUUGUAUGUCAAAGAAUUUGAAAUUUUCUGAGCAGUAUUCGAGUCGGUGGAAUAGAGAAGAACAGACAGGUAGUUUACUUGUUAGGUGCUUCAGCAGAUUUGAAUUGCUUACCACAGAUGUCGACAAAAGCUUUGCCCCGGGACAUAAAUUACACAUUACAUGCAUGUUUUCCUUUAUUUUCGACAAACUUGAAAUAGUGUCUAUAUCUCCACCUCUUAAAGGACAAUUUUUCUUCUGACUGCUCUGCCAUCCCGACCCUGUGCAUCUGUUUUGCGUGUGUGUUUGCCGCACGCGCUGUUCCGGUUUGCUUGUGAAAUCACCGGCUCUGAUUGGCUGUACCACGACACAUGACUCUAACCCUCAGCCAAUCACAAUCACUUCCAUCGCAUCUCUCGAGGGGCUGCAUUCAGGUAGGCUAGUUUCCCGACAAUUCACGUCACCUUCAAAGCGUCUGCCGUCCUCAAGAUGGAAGCAGAAUUAUUGCUGGCUGACAGUGGGAGAUGGGAACGAGGCUAGCAUCAGGUGUAGCAAACACAGAAAUGUUACCAAACUUUGGAAAGCAUUGUCUAAUUGAAUGAGCAGGGACAAACAGCUUGGAGUCAGAAGUACGUGCGCUAUUCUCGAACCUGAACGCACCCCAAGUCUUGGAUGACAAAUCAACAGAGCAGAGAGUCGACUCGACACGGCUGGUAGUUUCUUCAAUUUAUUCAGAGUAAGUAACGCACCGCUUUUGACCGUCAGUAACGGUAACGGCGUUGCAACGGCGGAAAAAGUAAUUAGUUAGAUUACCCCGUUACUGAAAAAAUAACGCCGUUACGUAACGGCGUUACUCCUAACACUGGACGUCGCAACAAAAAUCUCAUGACUCCAUUAUACCAAUUUGACACAAGCUUGCCGUUCUAUGUUCACGCCAGCCUGUUCAAUCAUGUGGUGUCUUUAAAGCACCGUAAAAAAUGAAGUAUUUGACAGUGCGCUGCCCUCAACAUGACCUGAAACAGCGGAUUUUUGCUUUUCUUCCAGUUUUUAUUUGGUACCGAUUGACCACAGAAAACAGUAGAUAUGAUCCUUUUGAUUUCAUAAUAGUAAUUAUAAAGGAACUAUUUACUAUUUAAACUAGUAACAAUUUUCUCCACCAGAGGGCACUCAUGUUCUUUGGAAUAAUAAUUUUUCAGAUUCAGGUUCAUUUACCGUGUUUUUUCCUCUCGUCAGAAUUCAAUAGGUUUUUUUGUUUUGUUUGUUCUUUUUUGUAUUUCUUUGGCUUAAUGUGGUUAUGUGAUGGGUUAUUGUACAGUACAGAAAAUAACAUUGUUUAAAAGAAAAAAAAGAAAAAAUGUAAGCAGUUACAAUGUUAUUCAUUACAAAAUGGUGGAUGAGACUCCGGCGGCGUCGAGUCGAAAUCACAUAACUCGGGUACUUUGUAACCCGGGGACUACCUGUAUUUCCAACUGGCUUUAAUCCCGGUUUUUAUUCAUAAUUUUUUUUCACAAAUACAAAACGUAUCGUCUCAGGUAUGAGGUGUUUUGUGUACUUUUAUUGAAAACAUAACAUUUGGUAGUACAGCAGCAUCUGUCAGGUUAUUUACAAUCUUUGACCAGGAUACAAAUGGAGAUAACGCAAACAAGAAAAUGGCUUUUGACAUGAAAUUUUGGUUUCAUGUCUUCACUGAACUUUUAUUGCUUAACUUAAAUCAACAGAUUUUUUUCCUU